CCAGUUCCUGCGGUCUGUUUCACUUCGAUUCUUUUCGCUGGAUACUCCGUAGACCGCAGUCGGUCGUCGUCCGCACAAUCCUGCCCGAUGUCCGAUAUCGUCGGUAAGCCCUCGGCUCUUCCCUCCCAGCUAGCUAAAUUAGCAUGACGCCUUCGACGUCGGUGGUGAGAAACCCAGUCUGAGAGUCGACGCCUCAACGCGCUUAUCACGCCUCAAAAACGCCAUCGUCAGCCGGUCCGAAUCCCAUCCGAUGAACGCCCUCCGAUCCCUCGCCGAAAAGCCUCGCCUCGGGCUCCGUAUCGGCAUUGGCAGUGGCAUCGGAGUCAGGCACAUACCAAGAGUGAUCAUCUCUUCCGAUCCUGGCGAUCGAUGUACGCUUGAUGUCACUGAUGAGCUUGAACUACCCGAGUCCCAUUCCGUGGUGGAUUCCACUCGGUCGCGUCGACCGGCAGGCGACGAUCUGUCUUGGGCGGCCGACUGGAUCAUCGCCCGGUCGGAAAUGUCUUGUCCGGGCUGCAUGGGCUCUGCUGGUGGUGUACCGAGUGAAACAGGCCAGAUGCCAAUUCUCAGCUCUGGUCUUGGAAUUGGGCCUGUUGGCUCUGAAGAGGUUGCUUGGCCCGCUGGGGGUGGGAUAUACCCACUUCGAUGCAUUUCCUGCGGGGCGAUACACGGUCUGAAGACUACAUGGCGUCAUUCUACAGCCAGUCAGUACUGUAGAGGGUCCUGUUUUCGUCAGGGUUGUCCUGAGAAGGUGAUCCUUUGUCUAUCCUCCAGGUUGAGCGCAUAUUUUCAGGUAAAGGAUUUCAACUGAUUAAUCAGUGAUUUGCCUUCCCACUAUCUCUCAUAACGGGACAAAGGUGUGAAGAUAAAUUCAGAACUGUGUUCGAUUUCAGUCCAAGUUAGUCGAUUAAUUCAUCAGAAUUCCAUUAACCUGUAAUAUUUCCAGAUUCCACGCUGUCUUUUGCUGUCUACGUAUCUCCGCUAUCAUUGAAAC